AUGAUCCCUCCUCCUUUUCAUCUUGAGCGAAAUCGGCUGGUGCGGUUAUCUCUUCUGGACAGCAAUAGAGACUUUUCAACCUUCAGCAAAGAUCUCAAACCUACCUGUUCUGAAAUUCGGAUAGAAGAGCUCGAAGUCAAAAGUGCAACAACCUCCAUAUCGAGUUGCCAUCCCGUGACCAGCCGAUCGGUCGGAACAUGUCCAUUUCCCUCCGUGCCGCCACUGUUACUCGUUGCUUGCUGUUGCUGCUUGCGAGGUAUCAUUAAUUAUCAUUCGACUGUCCACGACCUGCUACUUCGUCAUCCCCGGUCCUUUUUGAAACUUUUUGUUUUUUUCUUUCUUCUUUUCUCACCCGCUCCCUCUUCGUGCCACCCGAUUCCUCCCAUCAAUACCGCCAAAGUGUCUUCUCUAUUAAUGCCCCGUGCCAUCUCCUUCCCACCGGAGGUUGACACAGGGCCGCACCGCCUGGCACCGGACCACAACAUGUCUCAGAGCAAGGCUGGCAGGCGGAGAAGAUCGAGCAGUAUCAUUUAUCAGGAGCCUGCCGAGUCCAUCGAGCACACCAGCGAUCAGGCCGCCCUCCCGAACCUGAAUGCAAACUGGGUGAAUGCGAAGGGUGCCUGGACCAUCCACUUCGUAUUGAUUGCGGCUCUGAAGAUCUUCUACGACAUCAUUCCCGGCGUUUCGCAGGAGACAUCAUGGACUCUUACCAACAUCAGCUAUAUGUUCGGUUCGUUUCUCAUGUUCCAUUGGGUGCGAGGCAUUCCCUUUGAGUUCAACGCCGGUGCCUACGAUAAUCUCAACAUGUGGGAGCAAAUCGACAACGGCGACCAGUAUACCCCGGCGAAGAAGUUCCUCCUCUGCGUGCCAAUCUGUCUCUUCCUUCUCAGCACACAUUAUACCCACUACGACUUGACGUAUUUCACCAUCAAUUUCCUAGCUACAUUGGGAGUGGUCAUUCCUAAAUUACCCUUUUCACACCGAUUGCGAAUAGGUCUUUUUUCUGAUAUACCUGAAGAGUAG